AGCUCCUCACCACUUCAUUUUCUUAUCCCAAAUGUCUCAUCUCAAACAAGUAAUUUUCUUACCAAUAGCUGAUAGGCUUCCAUUCAUUUUAGGGGAAUAUUCAAGAUGAGCAAAGCAUGUUCUGCUGCAAUCUCAAUUGCCAAGAGGCUUGAAGGGAAGGUGGGUCUGAUAACUGGUGGAGCUAGCGGAAUUGGUGCGGCCACUGCGAGGCUGUUUCUCAAACAUGGAGCCAAGGUCAUUGUUGCAGAUGUUCAAGAUGAUCUUGGUCACUCUCUUUGCCAAGAACUGGGCUCAGAAGAAAUUAUCACUUAUGCCCAUUGCGAUGUAACUCGUGAUUCUCAAGUCCAAAACGCUGUAGAUUUAGCCGUCUCCAAGUAUGGAAAACUUGAUAUUAUGUAUAGUAAUGCUGGACUUCCAGCCAAUAUGGAUGGAAUCCUAAGCUCAGACAACGAAGAAUUCAAAAGGGUGCUCGAUGUCAAUGUGUUUGGUGGUUUCUUGGCAGCCAAACACGCUGCUAGAGUCAUGAUUCCUGCCAAGAAAGGCUCUAUUAUCUUCACUGCAAGUAAUCUUUCAGUGACUUGCUUUCAGUGUGCGCAUGCAUACAUUGCUUCAAAGCAUGCUGUGGUUGGUUUGGCUAAGAAUCUUUGUGUGGAAUUGGGCCAAUAUGGGAUCAGAGUUAACUGUGUCUCGCCAUAUGCAGUUGUAACCCCAUUGCUAAAGAGUGGUUUAGGGUUAAUGGGGAUGGAGAAUGAGAAGAUUCAGGAAGCGGUUUCGGCUGCCGGGAACUUGAAGCAGGCUGUGUUGAAAGCAGAAGAUAUAGCAGAAGCUGCUUUGUAUUUGGGAAGUGAUGAGUCUAAGUAUGUGAGUGGACUGAAUCUGGUGGUUGAUGGAGGCUAUAAUCUCACCAAUCCCUCCAUUGAAAUGGCAAUCAAAAGAUUACAUUCUUCUUAGGCAGUGAUGUGUAAUCAGGAGUAUCCCUCCAUUGAUGGAAGUUAUGGUAUUGGGUUGAUGGUGGUGUUUAAUUAUGGUGUCUUGUCUUUAUUGCUGUAUGCAUGUCUCUCAUGGUUUCUACUUUCUAAGCAUGUUCUGUUCGUUUUUGUUGUUUAUGGCUGGCUUUGAUCAGUUUCGUCUUUAUGCUUUCUUGUUUGAUUGUGUCAGAUCUUCUUGUUUGAUUGGGAUAUAGAUUGUCCCUGUACUUCUUGCUUGUUGUUUAUGUCUGGUUUUCUUCAAUUUCACCCAUGUGCUUUCUUGUUUGAUUGUCCCGUA